CGCGCAACCUCUUUAAAUACAGAGAAAAGGUUUCUAAGCCAAUUCAAACACAGCUCACUUCCCCAUAUCACAUCAAAUCAAAUCACAUUGCAACUAUAUAUCUCUAGACAUCAUCAGAUUUACACCAUGGCCGAGACAGUGACUCUGGAAUAUAGAGGGAAGAUAGCGGUGAUUACGAUUGAGAAUGAGACGAAGCUCAAUGCUUUGAAUCAGGAUGGGUAUUACCAACUUGCGAAGUAUAUGAGAGAGGUGGCUACGCAUGAUGAGGUUUUCAUUACAGUUUUGACUGGGAAGGGUAACUAUGGAUUCCUGAUUCUACGACGUGGCUUUAUCUAACAUCGAAGCAGGACGUUUUUUCUCUGCGUGAGUCUCAAUUAGGAUCGAGAGAUGUGGGUCCGAAGCGAUGCUAAUAUCAAACUUCAGAGGAGCAGAUGUAUCCAUCAGUGAGCCCCGACCUGAAGGGGACAUAGAAAAACACUGGUUGCAGAGUUUCGUGGCCAACAAUCUCAACAUAACCCAUGCCUUCUACACGCACCCCAAGAUUCUCGUUGCAGCUUUGAAUGGACCUGCAAUUGGUCUUUCCGCUGCCUUGAUAGCUUUCGCCGACUUUAUAUACUGCGUUCCUUCAACAUUUCUUCUCACUCCAUUCUCCAGUAUCGGACUCGUUGCUGAGGGAGGCGCAUCGAAAGCCUUUGUCCAACGACUGGGCAUCAGCAAAGCUAAUGAAGCUUUGAUCAUGAGCAAAAGAAUAACAUCCGAGGAGCUCUUGCAAGUUGGGUUCGUGAAUAAGAUAUUCGAUUGUGAAAAGGGUGAGGAUGAAAAGUUCCGGAGGCUUGUGUUUGAGGAGAUUGAAAAUAGACUUGGAGACCAUUUGAAUGGAGAGAGUUUGAUAAAGAUCAAGGCUCUGAUCAGAAAACCGGAAAGAGAAAUCAUGGAUGCACAAGGAGUAGCGGAGGUUUUUGGAGGACUCGAACGAUUCGCUUCAGGAGUGCCUCAGGAGGAAUUCAGGAAGCUUGCCAGCGGUGAGAAAAGGCACAAGCUAUGAUCGCCAUACACAGUGAAGCGAUUCAAUUUGCUCCCCAAUUGUAUCUGCUGGGCUUUUUGGAAAUGUCAGUAUUAGUCCUAGCCCAUUUAACUACGUCAGGCAGCAACGAAACUGUCUCAAAGAGCCUGAAAUUCUGGCAGAAUUGGACCACGGCUUGUAAUCAAUUGUAAUAGAG